AUGCAGUUGUAUAAUUUUGAUAAAAUCUCUCAUAGCUUCGGCAAAACAGAGGCCGAUGAUAAGCCAAUUAAGGAGAAACCAAAGAGUAAAACUAAAGGAACUCAAACGGAUUAUAGGGAGAGCGAGGCACAGACUGAUCCGUGGGAACCGCCGCUGCGCAUACCUCCAGGUGUGAAUCCUGAAAUUUUGACUCUCACCGAUUUACGAUGGAAUGAUGGUCUACCCGUUGGAAAAUAUGAAGUUGAGAAGAUUAAAAGAAUGAGGAGGAAACGGGCUUGGCAGACAUUAUUGUCACCUGUAGAUUGUACGAAUAAAAAAACUCAGGAGUUUAUUAUCUGCCUGAUUGAUCAGGAGGAAUGGGCUUUCCGAGAUAAAGAGCUGCAAAGAAUUGCAGAUUGGAAGCUAGAUGCAACGAAGGAUCUCCUGGAGUCCGUGAAUCAUGCCCGAGAAUUACGACUCGCUGAGCGUUUCGAUAAAGUUGGAAAAUGCCUGAGCGAAAUCCGGGAGAAGAGAAUCGAAGAUAUAAAAAAUGAAUUCCACAGAAACAUACGAAAACUCACUGGAAAGUACCGCGACAAAGCUACCACAGUCCCUUUGGAUCCUAAAAAAUGUUUUUCAGCAUCGAAAGUAGAGUCCUACAUGAAAUUUAGACUUGAAGACGAUACAUUGAAGUCUGGGGAGGAUUCCGAAGAGAUACCAACGAAAGAAUCCCCUGAAGACGACCGAACGUCGAAUCUCCUCUCUACGUAUUUAUCAAAUAAUCCCUUGAAAGUAAAAAAGAUACGACCUCGUAAGCCUGACGAACUGUGCAUCAGAGAGACGAGAUGGACUGAUGAUCAACUGAGAAAACUUCAUGAAGACCUCAAGAACAUUCGUCUCAACGUAGCACUCAAACCGAAUCAUAUAUCUCGCAAACAUAAAACUCGCCCUUUGCCCCUGAUAAAAAUAUAA